AGAUGGACGGUUGCAGCGUUAAAAUCGUAUAAUCUGCGUGUACGGGAACAAAUGCAUAACUGACCUAGACUUUUCGUCCAAGCAGCCUCCAUGAACAACUUGAAUGACCCCCCAAGAUGGAACAUCCAACCAGACCCCAGAGGAAGGGGGGCGGGAGCAGGCGAUGGCAACCAGUGGAACUACGCCCUGCUGGUCCCUAUGCUGGGACUGGCUGCAUUUCGUUGGAUCUGGACCAGGGAAUCUCAGAGGGAGAUCCAGAAGGUGAAAGCCCAGUAUGACAAAGAUGUGUCCACAAUAAAGAGCGAGAUGGAGGCCCGUUAUCGGGAGACACUUACCGAGAGGCGCAGGGCAGCGGCUACGCUGGAGUUGGAGCUGGAGAAAGAGAGACAGAGGGUCAAAGGCUACAAGCAGGCCCUGGUCUCACAGAGCCAGCAGCUUAUGGAAGAAAGGAAACAGUUACACCAGGAGCGAGAGGCCUUGGAGGAAGAGAAGGAAAAGCUGGUGAAGUCGGGAGCUGCAGGUGCUCUGCUGCAUCAAGCCCUGGAAAAAGAGCAGAACUGGUACAAGCAAGCCACAGCCACUCUGAAGGAGCUAGAAGGUUUGCUUGUGGAGCGGCAGAACGCCUACUGCUCCAUCAUCCAGCCUCGAGAUCAGCGGCUGGAGAUGGAGAAGAACAUGCUGCUUAAGGUCGUUAAAGAGCCCAUCGGGCCAGACCUGGAUCUAGAGUCUGACCUGAAGGAUAUAUUUAAGAGAGACAAGCAUUGUGCUGACCUGCUAAACAUGGACAAGAGGAAGAAUGGAAGCCUCAUGUGGGUGUACCUCAAGUACUGGCAGCUGCAGAUCACUGUCCAAAAACACAAAAGAGCAGAGGAAGCUGUAUUAGGAGGGAAAAUACAGUCGGACACAAAGUGAGAAAAGGCAACGAUAAGCUGGUGUUUUGGUUUGACUUGAAUGUGGCGAGGAUGUGGUUUCAGAAUGGAAAAUUCUCCUGUUUUUUCCACUCUGUAAUCAUCUUUACUUGAUAGGGAUGUUAUGCAAAAACACAAGAGGUCAUCUAAGAAGGUGAAUUUCAAUAUCUGAAAGCUCGACCUUUUGAUCACAUUUUGAUGAUGCACUAAUAUCGCUUAUAACAAUUAACCUCAGCAGCUUGAAUAAGGAUUUAUUGCAUUUGAUUGAAGAAAGACAAAAAAAUAUUACUAGGGUUAUUCAGGUGAUAUCCAUAUUGGAUACAAAAGCUUUUGGUUUAUUAAAUAUAAGGAAAUGAAGUUUAACCAUUUAGCCCCUUGAAAAAUUUAUCAAUCUAACUUCCAUAUUUUUGAAUGCCAUGAAUUAAUGCUAGUUAAUAUAUCUUGGAUGAGGAUUUUUUUUUAUUCCUUAGAUAGGAAUUCAGGGAUGCCAUAACACUCUUAUCAACUCUAUUAUUACACUUUUUUUUGUUUUGUUUUUUUGGUUGAGUAAUUUAAGUCUGUUGUUGAACUAAUGUGGGAGAUAUUUAUAAAGAUAACUGGGACUGUUUGUUUUGACUAACCUUUCUGUUCAGUGAGUUUCCUCCAUGUGUGAGGUCUCUAUUGAAAGUGAUCUUAUGACAGAGCACAGCUUAUAGAAUAGGGGACCUUUUCUCAUCACUGGUUUGAGGGUAAGUCACUACUAUCAGGGACACAGGACUUGGUGCAUGUAUCUGAAAUAGUGCUGACUAUUACAACACAAUGCAGCAAAAAUUGUAAAGUCAAGAAAAGCAAAUUGCUCACUGUAACACACACACACAAACAAUGAAAGGAGCAUUUUCCUUUGGUUAUCAGGUCUGUCUGUGCUGCCAUGUUUUUGUUUUGACCUUGAUGAAUAAGUGCUGGAUGCAAUGUUAUACUAA